CUUUUGUUUCCUGUUUUUUUUUUACAUCAGCAUUACGUAACGGGAGUGAAGUUUAGAAAAACUUACAUGUCUCGUAUUCAGUCUAUAUAAAUCGUUUUAACACAUUUUGUUCAUUGUGGCAUUGUUUUUCGUAGUUCGAGAAUGUCAAUGUCAAUACGAUAUUAAUCCAAAAAAUUAUAUUUUUUUAAAUUUACCAUGGCGAGCUGAUAACAUUUGCAAAUUUGUAAUCAUGUAGAACGAUAUGGCUGUCAGCAUAAAAUUCACGAAAUUCGACAACACACCAUGGGGAUUUCGAUUGGCAGGUGGAAGCGAUUUUCCACAGCCAUUGACUGUCAUCAGAGUCACAGAGGGAAGCCUGGCAGAAUGCAUGGGUUUAAAGGUUGGCGAUGUGGUCGUGAGAUUAAAUGAUCAACCCAUCAGUAACCUGACUCACGGUCAGGCACACGAAGAACUAAUGCGAGCAGGAAAUAAUUUUGUUCUCGGUGUACAGAGCUCGCAGAUUUGCCACCUGUCUUCCCAGAGCAAAUACUGAAAGAGGAAACCGUGAUCGAGCGGCACGAGGAAACGACGUGCGAUGUAAAGCCGGCCGAAGAGGAGGUCAAGCCAGAAGUGGAACCGCUCCCGGACAAGCCGAAGGACGCCAACAGUGAGAUCGUGCCGAAUCAAAAUCUUACGGACGACGAGAUUGCGCAAUUGAUUCUCGAAGAAGAAGAACUCUUGUCCGACAAAGGCCUUUUGGGAGUGAACUUCAAGAAACUCAGGCCCCGUGCCAGUGUUCUGAAACAAUCGAAGGUGAUCGAAGAACUGCAGAACAUCGCCACAGCUGAACCGCCUCUGGUCGAACAGUUGAGACGUACCUCGGUGUUUCUGCAAAAACCGCAGAGACCAGUACCGGCGCCCCAUAAGAAACAAGAGGAACAACAGGGCACAGAAGUCGAGUCGUACAGAGUCGUGAUAAAGAAACAAAAAAAGAGGAGCGUGACCGACCGACUGCUAGCGAAGGGUCUGCUGAAACCUGAGGGCGCUAGUACUCCGGAACCGCUUACUCCCGAGGUAAACAUGGAAAAUAUUGAAACCGAGACGAAAAUCGAGGAAAGCGAUUCGUCGAUCGUUUCGUCAAUGCCGCUCGAUGAUAGUUUAUGUUCGGAACAAGCAUUCGAACCGACCGACAUCACGUGUCCCGUGGUGUCCUCCUCAUGUCUCGAACCUCCGAUCGAGACUCGCCAGAGUCAGACUUCGCUCGAUGUCGAGCCUGAAACUUGCACGAACUCGGAAUCGAAUGUUUCAACGGUACAGUUGCCGAGACACAGGGAGAGCGUAGCGUUAGCGCUUCGUGCGCUGAACAAACGCAAGUUCAAGAGCUUCUAUACAAGGGGUCAUUACCUCCGAAAGUGUUUGUUCGGGAGGAGAAGCUACGACGACAUUAACAAAGCGAUUAAAGUAAAACCCUCGUUCAGGGAACGAUUCCAGGGAAGCAGCACCGAGCAGUUUCAACAAUUUCUACGUCGCUGUAGCAUCGAGAAAUCUUCGAAAUCCAGGACCAAAGGUCGUUACCUCGAGACGUACUUGAAACGGGAGGAUAAUUGGAUGAGGCGGAUGAUCGGAUUGUUCGAGAAACUCGAUAGCUUUUCCUCGAGCAAGUUCUACGACAGUCUGUCAUCGAACAGAGAAAUCUCAUUGAGGAGAACUCGUUACGCGGAGAAAAUAAUCGUUCGAAGCGUAGAAUUCGUUGCGGUUCGCUUUCGUUCCGAUAUCGUGAAUUCUAUGAAAUCGAAGUCGCGAAUUGACAAGCGUUUGUACUUUAAAGGUCAUUACAUUCGGCGUAUUCUUUGGCGUAAUCUUACUCGCUUGAUCAACUAUAUCAAAGACGUGGUAUCUUCGAGAGACGUUCGCAGGGAAGGCAGGAGGAGAAGCUCGACAAUGGUCAAGACGAAGGGCCGUUAUUUAGAGACGUUGAAAAACGCGCUCUUAGAUUUACAGGAUCUUCGCGAUCGUUUCUCGGCACGCUCGAGCGUAUCCUCGUCGAGAAAGAAAUUGCUCCCUCGGACUCGUUACGUCGAGCGUGUCUUUAAGAAGCAUCUCGAGACACUCGGUUUAAUCAUAAAUUACAUUCGUUGCCAGGUUCUUCAAGGUAUCUCCGAUUCUUCCGUCGUUAUUCCAGGCUGCUCGUCCUUGAACUCGCGCCAAACCGACGCGUCUGUAUCGUCGACGAAGGAAGACGAUGUCUUCUUCAAUUUGAUCCGUUCCUCCAAAGACUUUAUCUCAACCGAGGUUUUUCACCGCGGCAGUAGACGGCUCUCAAGAUCAUCUAGAGGUAGCAUCUCUGCUUCGAAUCUCACCAACACGUUGGGAAGUCUCUUCAAUUGGCUUCCUAUGAAAUUUAUCAGGGAUAAAUCGACAGAUCAGCCGAUUAACGAUAAAAAGGCGAUGCAAGACAACGACCGUGACUACAGUCGUAGGCUAUCUUUCGUGCCGACCAUUCUCUACGAAGGUUUGACGAAUCGCAUAGGCGUCGAUUUCACUAGAUUAGUAACGUAUGCGUUUGUACCUUGUACCUCGGCGACACCAUCGGCGACACCGGAGCCAGGCAGCUGUAGAUCGGAUCAAGAACGCGAGCCCGAGUCGCGUCCCGAGUCGAAAGCCGAAUCGAAGCAGGAGGAGAGCGAAACCGAGCAGCAACAACCGGAAGGAACAACACCGUGCAAGGAGGAGAACCUCGAGGAGACCGAGGAGAGUGUCCGCAGGGAGGAGACGCGUCAGGAGCAAACGGCACAGGAGUCUAUUCUGAACGAGAUCGAGAAAGAGAUGGCGAACGUGGCGGCGGCAGUCGACAAAGAGAAGAUCAAAGAGCUGGUCAGCACGGAGAUCAACCUGGAGAAACAGCUGGAGAACGUUCAACGACAGUUGAUGGCGUUGAAGCAGCUACCGAGCGAGAUCGAGAAUCACCUGAGAAUUGUCUCGGAGCAACUGCAGAAGAUCAUGGAGCUGAGCGGUGUGCAAAACGGCGCCACCGGCAACGACGAGGAGCAGCAAGGGGUCGAGGCAGAAGAGGCAGAAGAUGUGGAAGAGGAACGCGACGAACACGAGGAACUGGAAGAAACGGAGGAACUCGAUGUGACGGAAUACACGGAGGAUAUCUCGUACUCGGCUUAUUCGGACGAGCAUCGAAUCGUCCAAGCCAGCGAGGAAGACGAGGAAGAGACCGAGACGCAGGAACUGGAAGGUACCUUGUCCGUGAAGAGCGAGGAGGGAAGCAGAGUAAAGAAAUUCGUCGUUUCAUACGAGACGAAGGUUUUGAAAUCGCCAAGCCCCGCACCAUCCUAUGCAGAGAGUAAAGCAACGCGCCGAGAGGAAACGUUCGCAAGAUCUCUGGCCCCAGGCUAAACAGGUCGAACUUACGCUCGGCCGCAGAUGGAGGUGUCCGAAUGAUUUCUUCAAUGACGAAAUGAUUGCCGAGGUUUUAUCUUCCCAGGCGGAAGUAAUUCGAGGCAGAGCCCUGGGUGUAAACUUCAAGAAGUACGAGAAGACGAAUCUACCGAACUACGAUCACUUAAUGAACUCGAGUGUCUAUAAGAUGAUUCAUAAGAUGGAUCGAGAGCCGACGCGAGGAAUUCCAGCUAGGCCUGCCAAAGUGAACGCCGCGGAGGACAUAAUCGAAAGGGUUGUAGGUAUCCAAUAGGAUCUAAAAAAAAAAAAAAAAAAUACACCCGAGUACGGAUCUCAACGCGCUGCUGCGUUUCUUUCAUUUCAGAAAUCUCCAGCGUUGAGCAUCCCGGAUGACAGGAGCGCUCGAAGCGUCAGCCACUAAACACGCGAGACACAGACAAGAAAGAAAG